AGGGGUUGUCCCUUCCCCUUAGCUCACUUGUAAGCUUCUUUCUCUCUUUACCCUAAGAACAAAAUUAAGACACUAAGAGAUGAAAGUCCAAGGAGACCCCCCCCCCCCCCAAGCAACGUGCAGCGCAUUUCCUGGCCAAAUCCACCCUGUCCUGUUGCCUGCCUGCUGUAACGUACAAGGGUUAGUAUCAAAUUACAGAGAGAGAGAGGGAAAAAACGACACCCAGGCUGUGCCCCUAUUUACAUACAAAUAACUCAAGCGCUUGUCUGUAUGUCACCAUUCAAGUCCCGCGGUGAGCAGCUUGCCGGAGAAGUUUUUAAAUCCAAUCUGAGGGCUCUUUCAAAGGAUACAGAGCAUUUUCUUCAAGGGCGAUUUUUUUUAAAAAAACAUCCAACAGCAGCUGUCAUCCCUUAUAUUUUUAAACUUUUGUUUUCAUGUUUGGAACUAAAGCUUCUUUGGGGGUUGAGAGGACAAAGACGCACAUUUUUGUAACAUGCUUGCGCUGGAAGAGAUCAAGACGUUAAGAGGAACGCACUCGGAAUGUGGAAAGUGAACAUGAAACCAGAGAGAUUAGAUUCUUCUACCGGUUUGGAGAUUAACUCUAAAGCACUCCUUGAGAAGCAAUAGGACUCACAGAAAUCCUUGGACAUAUCAAGAGGAGGGGGGGCAAAAGAGACCCAUUAAAGUCCAGGCGGGUGAAAAUGGCUUUCCAAAACAGUGAAGAUGCAAUGACUGGAGAUACGGACAAGUACCUGGGGCCUCAGGAUCUCAAAGAACUGGGAGAUGAUUCUCUGCCUGCAGAGGGAUACAUGGGCUUCAGUCUGGGCGCCCGAUCUGCCAGCCUCCGCUCCUUUAGUUCGGCCGGGUCCUACACUCUGAACAGAAGCUCCUUCGCUCGGGACAGCAUGAUGAUCGAAGAGCUGCUGGUACCGUCGAAGGAUCAGGAAAAUAAAGUUGCGUCUGUGGAUGCCUCAGCUCCUCCCAUGCCUUCCAGGUCUCAGGGUCACAUGUUCCCCAGAACAUUUAGACAUCCCAUGAAACAUGUUGAAAGGCACCUGACGUUUCCAAGGGAAUUCGACUCUGACUCACUCAGACAUUAUAGCUGGGCUGCAGACACCUUGGAUAAUGUUAACCUUGUCUCCAGUCCCAUCCAUUCUGGCUAUUCUUCUCCGCUCCCCCAGUAUGAUUCAAGUUUUUUGGUUAGUUUCAUGGUGGAUGCCCGUGGAGGUUCCAUGAGGGGCAGUCGACACCACGGCAUGAGGAUUAUAAUUCCUCCGCGAAAAUGUACAGCGCCCACCCGCAUCACCUGCCGCUUGGUAAAGAGGCACAAACUGGCCAGCCCUCCACCAAUGGUUGAAGGAGAAGGAUUGGCUAGUAGACUAGUGGAAAUGGGACCUUCAGGUGCACAAUUUUUAGGUCCUGUCGUAGUAGAAAUCCCUCACUUUGGAUCGAUGCGUGGAAAAGAAAGAGAACUGAUAGUGCUUCGAAGCGAAAACGGUGAAACGUGGAAAGAGCACCAGUAUGACAGCAGACAUGAAAACGUCAAUGAAAUUCUCAAUGGCAUGAAUGAAGAGCUGGACAGUGCCGAAGAACUCGAGAAGAAACGCAUCUGCAGAAUUAUCACGAAGGACUUUCCUCAGUACUUUGCGGUGGUUUCGCGAAUCAAGCAAGAAAGUAACCAGAUUGGUCCUGAGGGUGGAAUCUUGAGCAGCACAACUGUGCCACGGGUUCAGGCUUCGUUCCCAGAAGGAGCGCUAACCAAAAGAAUACGAGUGGGCCUUCAGGCUCAACCAGUUCCAGAUGAAACCGUCAAGAAAAUUCUUGGCAACAAAGCAACGUUCAGUCCCAUUGUUACUGUGGAACCCAGAAGAAGAAAAUUCCAUAAGCCGAUCACCAUGACAAUCCCAGUGCCACCCCCAUCUGGGGAAGGGAUAACCAAUGGAUAUAAAGGCGACACAACGCCCAGCCUUCGACUACUAUGUAGUAUCACAGGCGGUACAUCACCAGCUCAGUGGGAAGAUAUCACCGGCACCACUCCACUGACCUUUGUAAAUGACUGUGUCUCUUUCACAACCAACGUUUCAGCCAGAUUUUGGCUAGCAGACUGCCAUCAGGUUCUUGAAACUGUCGGGCUGGCCUCGCAACUUUAUAGGGAACUAAUAUGCGUCCCGUACAUGGCCAAGUUUGUGAUUUUCGCCAAAAUGAACGAUGCUGUGGAAUCUAGUUUGCGCUGCUUCUGCAUGACGGAUGAUAAAGUGGACAAAACGUUGGAGCAGCAGGAGAAUUUCGAAGAAGUUGCAAGAAGCAAAGAUAUCGAGGUUCUGGAAGGGAAGCCUAUUUAUGUGGAUUGCUAUGGGAAUCUCGCCCCUCUGACAAAAGGAGGACAACAGCUUGUGUUUAAUUUUUACGCUUUCAAAGAAAACAGACUGCCAUUUUCUAUCAAGAUCAGAGACACCAGCCAAGAACCUUGUGGUCGCUUAUCCUUUUUGAAAGAGCCAAAGACUACAAAAGGUCUCCCACAAACAGCCGUUUGCAACUUAAAUAUCACUCUGCCAGCACACAAAAAGGAAACAGAGUCAGAUCAAGAUGAUGAGCAUACAUGUGUAAUGAAACAGACACCUUUCUAUCCAUUCUUCAAUGACAACGUGGAUCUUAAGGCCGAGAAAACGGACCACCGACAGAACUUUGUCUCCCUUGCUUUACGUAAGCGCUACAGCUAUCUGACCGAGCCUGGAAUGAAAACAGUUGAACGAAGUGCAGGAGCCGCAAGACCCUUACCUGCUACCUAUUCAUACAAGCCAUUCUUUCCCGCGAGACCAUAUCAGUCAUGGACCACAGCACCAAUCACAGUGCCUGGGCAAACCAAGUCAGGCUUCACUUCUUUAUCAAGCUCUUCCUCUAACACUCCAACAGCUUCCCCAUUAAAAUCAAUAUGGUCUGUUUCUUCUGCUUCGCCAAUAAAAUCCACACUAGGAGCCUCCACUACAUCUUCGGUUAAAUCUGUUAGUGAUGUAGCUUCUCCAAUUAGAUCGUUCCGGACAAUGGCCUCGCCGAUAAAAACAGUGAUCUCCCCGUCUCCGUAUAACAUCCAAGUCUCUUCCGGUUCCUUCAUCAGAGCUCCCGCAGUAACGGAAACCACUAGUUUGAAAGGGCUGGCAUCCAAUUCUGCUUUCCCCUCUCGGACAUCUCCAGUGACUACAGCUGGGUCUCUUUUGGAGAGAUCAUCCAUUACCAUGACGCCUCCAGCAUCUCCCAAAUCGAACAUUAACAUGUACUCUUCAAGUUUGCCAUUUAAAUCAAUCAUCACAUCAGCAUCACCGCUUUUAUCCUCACCUUUAAAAUCAGUGGUGUCUCCUGCUAAGUCAGCAGUUGAUGCUGCUUCAUCCUCUAAGGUCACGAUGGCUUCAUCCCUCUCAUCCCCUGCGAAACACAUAGUUGGGCAUACAGAGAUAGCCAUGGUUAAUGGGUCCAUGUCACCUUUGAAAUAUCCGUCCCCUGCCAGUUUAAUCAAUGGAUCCAAAACCUCGGCCACAUUCCAAGACAAGAUCACUGCGGCAGCCAGCUCUGCAAGUUGUGCUGCUGUCACAGCCGCCGAUACAGUCGAGAAAAUGUUUCCGACCACUACCGCCAUGCCAUUUUCUCCACUCAGGUCGCUUGUGUCUUCGAGUCCGUCCGCCUUUCAGUCAAUAAGAACUUCUUCUACAGGGGCACUAUACACAUCUCUUGGGUCAAUAUCAGCAACUACCUCGUCAGUUACGUCAUCAACAAUCACAGUGCCAGUAUAUUCUGUAGUCAAUGUUUUGUCUGAACCAGCACUGAAGAAGCUCCCAGAGUCAUCUUCCCUUACAAAAUCAGCAGCUGCGUUGUUAUCGCCUGUUAAAACAUUGACUACAGAGACACGCACACAGCCUCACUUUAACCGAAACCUGUCUCCUAUAAAAUCGUCCUUGUUUUUAGCACCCUCUGCUCUUAAGUUGUCCGCACCAUCUUCUUUAUCCUCUAGUCAGGAGAUUUUAAAAGAUGUGGCUGAGAUGAAGGAGGACCUAAUAAGAAUGACAGCAAUAUUGCAGACAGAUGUAAUGGAGGACAAGGCAUUCCAGCCAGAACUAACAAAAGUGGGUAGAAUAGAUGAUGAAGAACCUUUUAAAAUUGUUGAGAAAGUAAAAGAGGACUUAGUCAAAGUUAGUGAGAUACUGAAAAAAGAUGUGUGUUUAGAAAAAGGAUCUGCCAAGCUAUCAAAAAAUGAUAAAGGACACGCAUCUGAGGAGGAAUGGGUAGAGUUCAGUACAGAUGAGAUUGAUGAAGCGAGACGGCAGCCCAUGAUAUAUCCUCCUAUAACUAUUCCUGAAAAAAUGCAAAUUAAAGCAAAGGCCGUAUCUGAAAAGGAUUAUAACUUGACCAAAGUAAUUGAUUAUUUGACCAAUGACAUUGGGAGUAGUUCACUGGCCAGCUUAAAGUACAAAUUCGAAGAGGGGAAACGAGAAGGAGAGGAGAGACAAAAACGAGUUUUAAAACCAGCCACAGAACAUAAGCUAAAAAUGCCUCCAGCCUCCAUGAGGCCGUCCACGUCAGAGAAAGAGUUGUGCAAAAUUGCGGAUUCCUAUUUUGGAACUGACACCAUUUUAGAGUCUCCAGACGACUUUUCCCAACAUGACCAAGACAAAAGCCCAUUGUCUGACAGCGGCUUUGAAACAAGAAGUGAGAAAACACCUUCAGCCCCACAAAGUGCCGAGAGCACAGGGCCAAAGCCUCUUUUCCACGAUGUGCCCAUCCCGCCUGUCAUUACAGAGACGAGAACGGAGGUUGUUCAUGUUAUCCACAGCUAUGAACCCUCUUCAGAAGAGAUUCCCGAAUCACAAGCAGAAGAGCCACCAUUGACAAAAGUGGAACCGACUCUUAUGGAGCUAGAACCCAGGUCAAGCGGUGCAUCUAUCAAAGAAAAAAUGAAAGCAUUUCAAAUGAAAGCUAACUCCGAAGAUGAUGACCACAAGUGUGCGCUCGGCAAAGGUGUCCGUGUGAAAGAAGAGACUCAUAUUACCACCACGACUAGAAUGGUCUACCAUAAGUCUCCGUGUCCUGAGAACUCUUCGGAAAGAAUUGAGGAAACAAUGUCUGUUCAUGAUAUAAUGAAAGCUUUUCAGUCAGGACGUGAUCCUUCCAAAGAACUCGCAGGUCUGUUUGAACAUAAGUCUUCAGUAACACCAGACGUUAGCAAGUCAACUGAAAUUUCACCACAACAUGCAGAGAAGGACAGCAAAAAGAAACCCAAACUGGAGCGUAUAAUAGAGGUCCAUAUCGAAAAAGGUAAUGAGGCUGAGCCUACUGAAGUCAUUAUUAGAGAAACAAAAAAACAUCCAGAGAAAGAAAUGUAUGUUUAUCAGAAAGACUUACCCCGGGGUGAUUUGGAAAAGCAUGAUUCUCUGCCUUGUUCCGAUGAACAAGGUCAGCAAGAAGAAGAAGAGCUUACGGCCGAAGAGUCGCUUCCUUCCUAUCUGGAAUCUUCUAGAGUAAAUACUCCUGUGUCUCAGGAAGAAGACAGUCGUCCUAGUUCUGCCCAACUUAUGUCUGAUGACUCGUACAAAACACUGAAGCUUUUGAGUCAGCACUCAGUAGAGUAUCAUGAUGACGAGUUGUCAGAACUAAGAGGGGAGUCAUACAGGUUUGCUGAGAAAAUGCUUCUCUCAGAAAAGCUAGAUGUGUCUCACUCUGAUACUGAGGAAUCAGUUACUGACCAUGUUCUACCCCUUAGCUCAGACUUGCAGGGGCCUGAUAAGCGAUUCAGAGACAAAGUAGCUGCAGCCCCCCCAAAAGAAAUCCUCACCAAAAUCUCUAAAGAUAUGUCAGAAAAUGGUGUAGGUAAAAUGUCCAAAGAUGAUCAUUAUGAUAAAGUGACAGUGUUACAUUAUACCGGAGAUGUUAGUAGCCCCAAGCAAGCCAUGUGGAUGCGGUUUACUGAGAACAGAUUAGAUAGAGGUAGAGAAAAGUUGAUGUAUGAAGACAGGGUGGACAGGACUGUUAAGGAGGCAGAAGAGAAGCUGACGGAAGUCUCGCAGUUCUUCCGGGACAAAACAGAAAAACUGAACGACGAACUCCAAUCACCAGAGAAAAAGCAACAGAAAAGAAACGGGAAAGGGAUUCACUCAGGCCAUAGUUCAGCUAGCAGCAGCCCUGAGAAAGUGACCACGACUGGCCUGCCACGUUCAAAGGACGACUGGAGUAAAGGAGGACCAUACAGCCCUGACAGGAAGUGCUUCCCGAAAACUGAUGAAAGAAGAGCCGCUAGUUUGCCCAGCAGCCCUGAGAGAAGGGCUCUUACGCAGCACGUUGAAGACUGCAAGCCGUCGGUGGAGCACAGAGGAAUGGCUCAGAAGAGUAAAGCCCCUGAGUCUUCAGCAACGGGCUUUCAACUGAAGCAAUCCAAACUCAGUUCUAUUAGGCUGAAAUUUGAACAGAGUAUAGGCUCUAAGAGUAAGGAACUGUCGCAAGAUGAUAAAAAGCAGGACGCUCACUCUAAAAUCCCCGUGAAAAAAUUACAGGACAGCAAGCUCCCAGUAUACCAGUUUUAUGCCCGGGAAAAGCACGCGAAAGAGGUAGACCUCGCUGAUGGAAACCUAACGCUGCAGAGAGACGCUUCUGCUGUCAAGUUAAAAGAUGGCGUCCCGAGUAAAGGGAAAGCUAUCGAAGAUGCUGCUGCUUCAGACACGCUGAAACACAGAACUGAAACACCAAGUAAAAAUGUGACAGAUGGUUUGACGGAUCAGAAGGCGAAAGGUCUGGCGUACAGUUUGAGCUCAGACGCUACGCUGUCAAAAGGGAGCUGGGAUAAAAAGAUCUACAGAACAUGGGAAAGCUCUGGAACGUCAAGUCCUAAAGCGCAGAAAGAAAAACUUUCCCAUGUUCUCAUUCAAGAUGUGGUGAAAGAAAAUCACAUUGCCCACCCUGAGCCUAAAGACAUGGGCAAAGCUGGUGAAUUUAUCACUGUGACAGAGCGUGAGCACAGAGUGUCGACGAGCGGAUCACGUUCAAAGGAGGUGAAGGAAGUGACUGUUAAAUCUCCCUCCAAAAAAGUCCUGUAUAGAGAAUUUCUGGUCAGAGAAGGGGAAUGCCCCGGUGAAGUGAUGGAGAAAACUCCCAAGAAAAAGGAACUGUUCACUGCAUCCCACAUCCCAGUCAGGAUUUCAGAAGAAAAAAGAAUGUUAUCAGUUAACAUUCCUGAGGGCAUCCACGAGAAGCCGAAAGACACAGUCCGUGAACUGCCAGCUAAAGUGUCCCAAGCCAGUAUAGUUAAGGAAAGAAAUGUGAGGCCGCCUGAUUAUGCAGAGCAAAAUAGAAAUAGGCAAGCAGAAUUCGGUAAGGUGAGCAGUAAGCAACAUGGUUGCGUCGAGUUAAGUCCUCCUGUGGAGGAUGCAGAGCUAUCUCCUAGUAAAUCACCUGAUUCGUUAGAAAUUAGCCCAGGAAAAGAGUCUUCCGCAAGGGGCUUUGACUCAAAUCACUGUGGUAAUUUGGGGAAAUCCACCCCCUUAGCAGUUACGACUGAGGACACGAAAGGGAUAAAAACGUUACCCGUUUAUGUCAGUUUUGUUCAAGUAGGGAGGCAGUAUGAAAAGGAAAUGCAGCAAGGAACUAUUAAAAAAAUUGUAAGCCAGGAGUGUAAGACCGUGCAAGAGACAAGGGGAGGCUAUUAUACCACCAGGCAGCAAAAACAGCUUCCUUCUCCACAGGGUAGUCCAGAAGAUGACACAUUAGAGCAGGUGUCCUUUAUAGAUAGCUCUGGGAAAAGCCCAUUAACCCCUGAAACGCCUAGCUCGGAAGAAGUCAGCUAUGAGUUUACCUCUAAAACGCCUGACUCGCUAAUAGCUUUUAUACCGGGCCAACCCAGUCCUAUCCCCGAAGUUUCCGAAGAGUCAGAGGAGGAAGCAGAGGCUAAACCAGCCUCUGUAAAACAGGUCAUUGUAGAGACACCCAAAAUUGGCAAUAACCUAGAUAGAGAUUCUAAUAAAAGGCCAAAGGGGAACAGGGUUGCCUACAUCGAAUUCCCGCCUCCUCCUCCAUUAGAUGCCGAUCAAAUCGAAUCAGACAAGCAGCGCCACUCUUCCGAGAGUGAGAUGGAGAUGAUAGAGGUGAACCUGCAAGAUGAGCAUGACAAGUGUCAGCUGGCUGAGCCAGUCAUAAGGGUACAGCCACCUUCUCCUGUUCUGCCAGGAGAAGAUGUCAGUGACUCCAGUGACGAUGAAUCCUUGUAUCAGCCCGUUCCGAUUAAAAGGUACAUGUUUAAAUUAAGUGACGCUGAAGAGGACCGGAAGGAAGCCUUGAAGCGUAGAUCAUUGGAGAAGAAGGAGUCUGGGAAGACCAGUGAAUUCGAUCUCGGCAUUGAUUCCGCCCAGAACGAUAAUGCGCAAAACGGGAACAAUGACCAGUCUGUGACUGAGUGUUCCAUUGCCACCACUGCAGAAUUCUCCCAUGAUACAGACGCGACUGAAAUUGACUCUCUCGAUGGCUAUGAUCUCCAAGAUGAAGAUGAUGGCUUAACCGAGAGUGAUCCUAAGCUCGCAGGUCCCGCAGUAGAAACCAAAAAAGACAUGUGGGCUACGGAAGGUAUCUUGAAACAGACUGAUCGGUCUUUUAGCCAAAGUAAGCUGGAAGUUAUUGAGGAAGAAGGGAAAAUUGGUACUGAAGAAAGCAAACCUUUGUUGAAGUGCCCGACUUCUGAAAAAACUGCAGAUAAGACUGAGCAGAAGUCAGGUGCCCAGUUUUUUACUUUGGAAGGCAGACACCCUGACAGGACUGUGUUUCCUGACUCUUAUUUCAGUUACAAAGUAGAUGAAGAGUUUGCAACACCCUUUAAGACAGUAGCUACUAAAAGUCUAGAUUUUGACCCUUGGUCCAGUAACCGUGGGGAUGAUGAAGUGUUUGAGUCUAAAUCAAGGGAUGAUGAGGCUAAGCCUUUUGGCCUGGGAGUAGAAGAUAGAUCUCAAGCGACCACGCCCGAUACAACUCCAGCCAGAACGCCAACAGAUGAAAGUACUCCAACUAGUGAGCCCAACCCCUUCCCAUUUCAUGAAGGGAAGAUGUUUGAGAUGACUCGCAGUGGCGCAAUUGACAUGAGCAAGAGGGAUUUUGUUGAAGAGAGACUCCAAUUUUUUCAGAUUGGUGAGCAUACUUCUGAAGGGAAGUCAGGGGACAAGGGGGAAGGGGAUAAAAAUAAAAUCACUGCCAUCACACAACCACACUCAGGGGACAAAAUGGUAGAAAAAACUCUAGAGGGAGACGUAGAAACACCAGCAAUUGAACAUAAGCUCAUCACCCAGGCCGGUGGAGAUUUUACAGAAGCAACACCGGAUAGUAGCUCACUGGAAAAACCAUCAACAGCUGUUAAUGCUUCUAAAGUUGAUCCCAAAUUGCGGACACCUAUUAAAAUGGGGAUUUCUGCCUCUACCAUGACGCUGAAGAAAGAUGGCUCUGGAGAAGUGACAGAUAAGAUAGAAUCUAUGACAUCAGGUGUUCAGGGGUUAGAGUGUGAACCUGUAGCAGAGGUUACCAGUCCAGCUACGCUUAGCCAGACAAACAGUAGGGAAACAGAAAAGCAUGAUUUCCAAAAAGAUAAUUUUAAUAACAACAACAAUUUGGAUCCACCCACUACACCCACCAAUAGUGUUACCUGUAAAGUAGUGCUAAAUGAACAUUUUGAAUCCAAGCAUCCCACACAAAAAUCUAACCAAACAAAAAACACGUCAGGAAACGGUAAAGGUGCAACACAAGGACAUUGUAAGCAAAAAAUACACGGAGGACAGCAGAAGUCAUCAGAGCCGCUAGGGAAUAGAGCAAGAUCAAAACUUCCCGUAAAGGCUACCUCAGCAAAAGAAGCCAUCCCACAGACCAGUAGCCAGGCUGGCAAAGUGCCUAGAGUCAGACAGGAGAGUAAAGUUGACAAAAGGAAACAGAACAGUUCUUCUGCACAUGUAGAAGUGAGGUCUAAGAUUCCUGUUAAAAAUACACAAAGGCAUAGUUUAGCUGUAGCUAGAAAGACACCCACACCUCAAAACCAAGAGCAGCUAGAGAGAAGCAAAGUCAAACCACUUCCUUCCAAAUUACCAUUAAAGGUAAGAUCUGCCACCAUGACAACCACGACAGUUAGAGUGAAGCAAAGCCAGCUUAGGGAGGUAUGUAAACAUUCUAUUGAAUAUUUUAAGGGAAUUAGUGGUGAGGCUUUAAAGCUGGUGGAUCGUCUGUCCAACGAAGAGAAGCAGAUGCAGACAGAGGUGUCCGAGGACGAAGAAGAAGAAGAAGACAGUACCUCCAGAAACACGUCCUUGUCUGAAGCCACUCAAGUUUUCCUGCCUUCCAUUACCUCGAAGCCCGCUAGAGAUAUGAGAACAGAGGCAGCAUCUUUAAAAUCAAAGAUUGAAAAAGCCGACAGUGAGAGGAGGAGGAGUGAGAGGACUGGUCCACAGAGUCCAUGUGAACGGACAGAUAUAAGGAUGGCAAUUGUGGCCGAUCAUCUGGGACUUAGCUGGACGGAAUUGGCAAGAGAACUGAAUUUUUCUGUUGACGAGAUUAAUCAGAUCCGUGUGGAAAACCCAAAUUCUUUAAUUGCUCAGAGCUUCAUGUUGUUGAAGAAAUGGGUUAUUAGAGAUGGGAAAAAUGCUACAACUGAUGCCUUAACCUCUGUACUGACAAAAAUCAACCGCAUUGACAUUGUAACUCUGUUGGAAGGACCAAUAUUUGAUUAUGGAAACAUUUCAGGCACCAGAAGCUUUGCAGAGGAAAACAAUGUUUUCCAUGAUCCUGUUGAUGGUUGGCAGAGCGAAGCCUCCAAUGUCAACAUGGAACAACCAACUCCGGGAUGCAAAACAAGCGGUGAAUUGCGGGAUCGGCUGGAUAACAGGCCUGACCAAUGUAGAGACUCUAUUACCUCAUAUCUCAAAGGAGAAGCUGGAAAACUGGAAGCCAACGGCAACUACUCCCACUCAGCAACGGAGGCAAAGACUAAGCCUUUUGCUCAGGAGUCUGCAAACGGUCUAGGAAAGCAGAGCGACAAGGAAACUGUGAAACCAAAAACACUAAGUUCUGUCCGUACCGCAGAGCAAACGGUACCCUUAACAUCGCAUCAGAAAUCUUUGCAAGAGGCUAGCAAGCCAGCAGUUGAUGCAUCUAAAACCUCUGUGCCUGUCAGCGUGAAAAAGAUGAGCUGGAACACGUCCGAAGACAGCAAGCCAAGACCGAAAGCCCAGGAAGGGGAAGGAGCAGCAGCGUCUGAACAGAAGGAGUUUAGUGAGAGUGACAGUGACAGUGACAUUGAGAUUCAGAGUGACUCGAGCUCAGAAGAAGAACAGAGAAUCACCACGAGGGUUUAUCGGCGCCGUUUGAUUCUGAAGGGUGAUGAAGCAAAAAAAAUUCCUGGUGAAUCUGUUACAGAAGAACAGUUUACCGAUGAAGAAGGCAACACCGUCACCAGAAAAGUUACCCGGAAAGUAUUACGACGUCUUGUUUUCCCACCUGAGAAACACCUUGGUGAAAUGCAGGGAGAAGGUUAUAAGGUGAAGACAAAAAAGGAAGUCCGACACGUAGAGAAGAAGACAUAUUCAUAACAGCCAAACAGCAAAUGGACUGUGUGCACUAUUACUGCCAGUAUUCUAGGAAGAAACUCAAGGAAGAACAAAAACCAACAGGAAUUAUCAAGUCACUGAAGAAAGCGUGUGUGCGUGUGUGUUUGCUGCUUCCACACAUUAACCGCAUGAUUUUUAUGCGAAAAGGAAAAAAACAGAACAAAACAAAAAAAAAGUUAAUUUAGCAUGAGCCAUUUCUACAAGAGCAUGGAAAUCCACUUUCAUUCACAGCAUCGGAGAGUUUGCAAAUGGCGGAACGAUGCACUGUACAUACAAGAUGCCACGACGGAACAGCUUCUUUCAGGCCACUGGAAGUCAUUGCAAAACAAGAAGAAUUCCUGUAGCAGGGGGCGGGGGCGGGUGGGAAAUGAUUUGACCCUGAAAAAUGGUUUGAACCACAGAAAGACACUAAAAUUUACUAAAAUCCACACAACAGCUCGCCUUAUUUUUCUUGGACCCAAACUGUCAGGGUAAUAAAACACUCUUUUGUUUCUUUUUUUAAAAAACGAAUAACUGACACCGAUAAUUUCAUUGUAAAUAAAUAACACUGUAUAAAUUCUCAGUAGAUUCAAUGUUGAUAAGGCACUGGCUCUUAGCUCACCAACUGGAAUACUGCAUUCACGUCGAACGGAAAUCGGUGUCUCAACAUGGCUUACACCUGCAGGGAUAUUCUGGGUGUAUCUUCACGGAUUCUUGUAUAUUUAGCAAUUAUAAUGUUUGUAUAUGCAAAAAAUGCUAGCUUGAUUUUAAAAAAAUCUUUAAAAUCCAUUGCAAAUUUAAUGAUUCCUGAGAUGAGGAAUUCUGUAGUUCUGUGAAAAAAAAUCUUUUCCUUCUUCAGAGUACUAAUAUUUUGGUGCAUGCGUUUCACCUUAUUUUGAUGAAAUCUUUUUCCAGUUUUGCAAACUAGAUUGCAACUAGACUGCAACUUGACAAGUAAGAUUCUGGGGGGGAGGGCGGGGGGGCGGGAGGGUAGCAAUCCACCGAGCACGGCCACUGAGCCAGUCCCCAUUUGUUUAAAUAGGGUGUAGAGGGGACUCCGGCACAUUGCCCAGCAGCGGUGCUUGUUCGGGGGAGGGGGGGUGCCCUUUCUCUGCAAACACAUAGAUAGCCCUUCAUCUAAUAUUUGUUGCUGUUGCCAAUUUUUUCAAUGGAGAUGACCUAAAAUUUAAAGAAGAUAUAACAUCUACAAUAGUUGCAUUAUAGGGAGGGGAUGCUAUUUGUUCUUGCUUUAUACCCCAGGGUGGGGGAAACGCUUGCAGCUUUUAGAGGUGGGUUGGUGCUCUUGUAAGCACAAGUUUGGGAUAUUUAAAAAAACAAACAAAAAGAAACAAAGAGAAAUUCUUAGAUAACAGACUGGCGGCACGCUGUAAAAAAUAUUACUGUAUUGUGUACUGGCUCUUAAGAUGUAGAAUCUUUCAAUAAGCCAAUCAUCUGUAAUCAUUCUAGCCGUGUCUUAUUAGGUUGUUAAGGCUGCUGUGUUUUAAAGGGCAUUUUUAUUUGGGUUUUUUUGGUGAAAUACUUUAAUUUGUUAAUUAUCUUCAUAUGAAAACAGAAUCCAUUGAUAAUAGCUCUAAUUACAUAUGUAUGAAAAAAACACUGGAUGAUCUAGUUGAUUAUUUAAGCAUAAAAUAAAUUGUGUUAAAACUCUUCACUUA